GCUCCUCUCUCCAGUCUCCACGACCCCUGUUCCUGUUCGUCGCUUGCAAACUCAAACCUUGGCAAUCUCCGCGCCGCAAACCCUAGCCGCCGCCAUGGCCUUCCUCGCCGGCGCAUCCUCCGUCCGCAGCCCCUUCUCCCUCGCCUUCCCCUCCCGACGACGGUACGAUCUCCCGACGGUUGUCAAAGCCACCGCCGCCAGCUCCAAUUCGGUCUCCCCCCACCCCCUCAUCUCCUCCCUCCGCCUCGCCGCCUCCGCCGCGGUCCUCCUCGCGGCCACCUCCCCGGCCAUCGCCUGCACGCCCUCCCCGCCUCCUCCCCCUGCCCUCACCGCCACCGUCUCACCCGAUGACGCCGUCCAGGACGACUCCGAGUCCCACCCCUUCGAGAAGCUCAUCGUCGAGACCGCCGCCCUCUCCCGUUUCGGCGGCGCGGAGGCCGCGCUGGCCCGCCUCUCCGCCGCCGGGGUCGGCGAGCACUGCGCCCGCCUCCUCGCGGCGCAAGCGCUCUUCGUGGACGGCAAGGUGGACCAGGCGAUCGCCGCCUUCGAGGAGCUCGCGCGGGAGGACCCAAGCGACUACCGUCCCCUCUUCUGCCAGGGCGUGCUGUACUCUGUUCUAGGCAGGGCGGCGGAGUCGGAAUCGAUGCUCGAGCGCUGUCAGGUGAUCGCCGGCGACAAAUUCGUCACUAAUUUCGCAAUGCCGGUCUCAGAAGCAGAGCCAGAGGCCGAGCCCAUCACGGAGAAGACGGAAACGGAGGCGGAGGGGGAAACAGAAGCUGAGGCAGAGGCAGCGUCUGUGACAGAGAAGAUCGAAACAGAGGCCGAAGGGGAGAAGCUGUGAGUGGAUUGGAGGUGUGAUCCUCCCUAAAUAAGGUAGGCAUUUAGUCUUUUCCGUUGAAAGAAAAAUAUAGGAUUGAAUGCACAAUGCUCUAGUGAUACCAUAUAAUCAUACAAACAAAGAGAAAUUCCAAAUGGCGUUGCCUGUUUUGCGAUUCUGAUAUGUAGACCACGAGAAAAGAUAUUCAAUGUA